CGUCCUCCGGCUGCCGACAUGGGCGAGAGGCUGGAGCUGCGGCUGAAGUCGCCCGUGGGAGCCGAGCCCGCCGUGUACCCCUGGCCGCUGCCCGUCUACGACAAACACCACGAUGCUGCUCAUGAAAUCAUUGAGACAAUUCGGUGGGUCUGUGAAGAAAUCCCAGAUCUCAAGCUUGCCAUGGAAAACUAUGUUUUAAUUGACUAUGAUACAAAAAGCUUUGAGAGCAUGCAGAGACUGUGUGACAAGUACAACCGAGCCAUUGACAGCAUCCACCAGUUGUGGAAGGGGACCACACAGCCCAUGAAGCUGAACACCCGUCCCUCCAACGGGCUCCUGAGGCACAUCCUGCAGCAGGUCUACAACCACUCGGUCACCGACCCCGAGAAACUCAACAACUACGAGCCCUUCUCGCCCGAGGUCUACGGAGAAACCUCCUUCGACUUGGUGGCCCAAAUGAUCGAUGAGAUUAAAAUGACAGAGGAUGAUUUGUUCGUUGACUUGGGCAGUGGUGUGGGGCAGGUGGUGCUUCAGGUGGCUGCAGCCACAAACUGCAAACAUCACUAUGGAGUGGAGAAAGCUGAUAUUCCAGCCAAGUAUGCUGAGACGAUGGACAGAGAGUUCAGAAAAUGGAUGAAGUGGUACGGGAAGAAACAUGCAGAAUACACACUGGAAAGAGGUGACUUCCUCUCAGAAGAAUGGAGGGAGAGGAUUGCAAACACAAGUGUUAUUUUUGUGAAUAACUUUGCCUUCGGGCCCGAGGUGGAUCACCAGCUGAAGGAGCGCUUUGCCAACAUGAAGGAAGGUGGGAGAAUUGUGUCCUCAAAACCUUUUGCACCUCUAAAUUUUAGAAUUAACAGUCGAAACUUGAGUGAUAUUGGCACUAUCAUGAGGGUUGUGGAGCUGUCACCACUGAAGGGCUCUGUGUCCUGGACAGGGAAGCCAGUCUCCUACUACCUGCACACCAUUGACAGAACCAUACUUGAAAACUAUUUUUCUAGUCUCAAAAAUCCAAAACUCAGGGAGGAACAAGAGGCAGCUAGACGGCGUCAACAAAGAGAAAACAAAAGCAACACAACGACUCCAACGAAGGUCCAAGAAAACAAGGAUUCUGGUGCUGAAGAAGAAAAAGCUGCAGCAAAUUCUGUUAAAAAGCCAUCUCCCUCCAAGGCCAGGAAGAAGAAGCUGAGCAAGAAGGGCAGGAAAAUGGCAGGGAGGAAACGAGGGCGCCCCAAGAAAAUGAACACGGCGAGCACUGAGCGCAAGACCAAGAAGAACCAAACUGCACUAGAAAUUCUGCAUGCUCAGACUGUCUCCCAGACAUCUUCAUCCUCUCCUCAGGAUGCCUACAAGUCACCUCAUAGCCCAUUUUUCCAACUACCUCCUAAAGUGCAACGGCAUUCGUCCAACCAGCUCCUGGUGACACCCACCCCCCCUGCACUACAGAAGCUGCUAGACUCAUUUAAGAUCCAGUACAUGCAGUUCAUGGCAUACAUGAAAACUCCUCAGUACAAAGCAAGCCUGCAACAGUUACUGGAGCAGGAAAAGGAGAAGAAUGCUCAGCUGCUGGGGACAGCCCAGCAGUUGUUCACCCACUGCCAGGCCCAGAAGGAGGAAAUCAAACGCCUGUUCCAGCAGAAGCUCGAUGAGCUGGGAGUUAAAGCUCUGACGUACAACGACCUGAUCCAGGCUCAGAAGGAAAUCUCUGCUCACAAUCAGCAGCUGAAAGAACAGACAAAACAGCUGGAGAAGGACAACAGUGAACUCAGGAACCAGAGCUUGCAGCUGCUGAAGGCUCGCUGUGAGGAACUGAAGCUGGAUUGGUCAACUCUGUCACUGGAGAACUUGCUGAAAGAGAAGCAGGCCUUGAAGAAUCAGAUUUCUGAGAAGCAAAAGCACUGUUUGGAACUACAGAUCAGCAUUGUGGAACUCGAGAAGAGUCAGCGGCAGCAGGAGCUGCUGCAGCUCAAGUCCUACACCCCCUCAGAGGAGCCCCUGCCAGUGCAGCUGCACAGCAAAAGCCACCUGAGCCGUGACCCUGAGGCUGAGCAGGGCAGGUUCCAGCUGGAACUGGAGUGCUCCAAGUUCCCCAUGCCCCACAUGAAUGGCAUGAGCCCUGAGCUGUCCAUGAACGGCCACGCCACCCCCUACGAGCUGCAGCAUGCCUUCAGCCGGCCCUCGUCCAAGCAGAACACCCCCCAGUACCCCAACUCCCACCUGGACCAAGACAUUGUGCCCUGCACCCCCAACCACAGCAGCAGGCAGAAGGCAGACAAGGUGACCAGCCUGGCCCUCCCUGAUUACACCAGGUUCUCCCCUGCUAAAAUCGCCCUGCGCAGACACUUGAAUCAGGACCACGGAGUCAAUGGAAAAGCCACAGCUAAUGAGAUCCAGAGAGCUGAGCAUGUCAAAGAGAAUGGCCUUACAUACCCAAGCCCUGGAAUUGCAAAUGGCAUCAAGCUGAGUCCUCAGGAAACUCGGCCCUCCUCCCCCGCGGCCUUACCCAGUGCAGGAGAGAAGGUUUUGAGAGAGAGAAGCUCUGUGAGUAAUGGAGAAACUAUCACCAGCCUCCCUAUCAGUAUUCCUCUGAGCACAGUGCAGCCCAAUAAACUCCCUGUUAGUAUCCCUCUGGCCAGCGUAGUCCUACCUAGCCGUGUUGAGAAGGUGAGAAGCACACCCAGCCCAGUUCACCAGAGCAGAGACUCAUCAACACUUGAAAAGCAGAUUGGUGCUAGUUCUCAUAAUGGCAUAAGCAAUGCUGCUGGAAACAAGCCUCUGGCUUUGGCUACCUCAGGUUUUUCUUACUCUUCUGGCUCCGUGGCAGUCAAUGGAAAUCUUACAAACAGCCCAGCCCAUCUUAACCAUAGUGUUGAUCAGGCAGCUCUGGACGACUCUGGGAGUCUCUUUAACUCUGUAGGGUCUCGGAGUUCCACUCCACAACAUCCUUUGCUAAUGAUGAGGAACUCUGGGCAGAACUCCCCUGCUCAGCAGCACUCGAGCCCCCGCUUAGGUGGCCCGGCCCAGAGCCUGGCAGGGGGACUGCAGAGUGCAGAGGCUCAGAAGAUCUUUGCCGAAGCAACAAAGGGGGACCCGCAGUGUGAUGCAGCCUUUUCAGAUGCCGAGAACGAGGCCAAGAGGAGAAUCAUCUUUACAAUCUCUCCUAAUACAGGACAUGUAAAACAAUCCCCUUGCAGCAAGCACAGCCCCGUGGCAGGCAGCUGCCAGGCCCACGGGCAGGACGGGAAGAAGCGGGGCCGGCGGAAGAGAUCGAACCCGGGCAGCGCCAGCGGCAACGGCGCCGUCUCCCCGAAACGCAAAGCGCUGCCCUCGCUGGCCGGGCUCUUCACACAGCCCUCGGGGUCACCCCUCAACAUCAACUCCAUGGUCAAUAACAUUAACCAGCCCUUAGAAAUAACAGCCAUUUCCUCUCCUGAAAACUCCCUGAAGAACUCUCCUGUUCCUUACCAGGACAAUGACCAACCCCCAGUGCUGAAAAAAGAGAAGCCCCUGGUUCAGAGCAACGGUGUCCAUUACUCCCCCCUGACAUCGGAUGACGAGCAGGGCUCUGAGGAUGAGCACAAUAGCAGCAGAAUUGAGAGGAAAAUUGCAACAAUAUCAUUGGAAAGCAAAUCUCCACAGAAGACUGUUGAAAAUGGUGGCAGCAUAUCAGGGAGGAAACAAGCACAAAGCAACGAGAACAUGAACAGCAGCAAAUGGAAAUCGACUUUUUCACCGAUAUCUGACAUCAACCUGACCAAAACCACCGACAGCCCCUUGCAGGCCGUGUCAGCUCUGAGCCAGAACUCCCUGUUUGCCUUCAGGCCUCCCUCCGAGGACGGGCUGCCCAUGGACACCAAGGUGCCAGGACACCCCAGGAAGAGCCUGGCAGUGCCCUCGGACGGGCUGAGCCCUGGCACAAACCCCCCCAAUGGCUUCAGCUACAACGGGGGCCUGUCCUCCGAGCUGGGCCUGCACGGCUUCAUGGACGGCGCCGCUCUCCCUCACAAAGCUGGCGAUGGCUCCAACUGCUCCCUGGGCUUCCCCUCGCAGCGAGGCAAGGACCUGGGGGUGUCAGACACCAACCUGUUCCUGAACAAGAGGCAGCUGGAAGCUCUGGGCACCAAGGGAGAAGAGCUGAGCCGGCCAGGGGUGAAGGGCAAGGAGCUGGGCGAGCUGAGCGCCCGAGCCGGGGGGGCUGUGGAGAAAAACUCAGUGCAGCACAACGGGAAGGUCGGCAAGGGAAGGGACCGAGACGUGGAGUUUAAAAACGGCCACAACCUUUUCAUUUCUGCUGCUGUUUCGUCUGGUGGCCUUCUGAAUGGUAAAAGCCUUUCUACUGCUGUUUCCUCAGCAGGGAACCCAGCGCCGUCUGUCCCGACGCACCAUCCCUUCCUCAACACUCUGACCACUGGAUCACAGUUCCCCCUCGGCCCCAUGGCCUUGCAAGCAAACCUCAACUCGGUGACAAAUUCCUCAGUAUUGCAGUCCUUAUUUAAUUCAAUGCCAGCUGCUGCCAGUCUGGUCCACGUGUCAUCAGCUGCAACCAGACUGACUAAUUCUCACACUAUGGGGAACUUCUCUCCUGGGGUUACAGGUGGAACAGUUGGAGGUAACUAGGAUUUCUACCUCAACCCAAUGUGACCUAUGCAAGGACAACGUGGACCAACUUCACUCGGCUUCCACUGAAAGGUGCUCACCUGGCCUGUGCAGGGGUUUCUACUCUUACUACUGGACAAAAUAAAAACCAUAAAAAAAAAAAAGACCUAAACAACAGAGCAAACAUUUACUGUGAAUCUGACUAAAAAAAAAGGAAAAAAAAGGAAAAAAAGGCAAAAAAAAAUAAGGCAAAAGAGAUGCUUAAAGCUCCAGUUUGUAUUGUUGAUAGUUUAGAUAAAGUAUUUAUCUUUUUUUUAAAGUGAAAACAAUUUUGACUUAUUUUAUUCCACCUAGAUUCAUAAAUACAAGUUAUUAUUAUUAAAUUCUCUGAAUACUAAAGGACUGGCACACCAGCAGAGAUGUAAAAGAGCCUCCUCGGUGCUAUUUUGUCCGUCAGAACUGUGCCUCUGGUUUGAAUCCUUGGUGCUGAUUUCGGGGGGUUGACCAAUGCCAAACUCAGUUUUUAAAGGUCUGCAGAUUAUUUAUUCCCCUGCCUGUGUUCAUAUCCCAAACUCCUCUUGGUUGGCAGCCAGGGCUGACAGAGGAAGGAAUUUGAGCCAGGCCCUUUUUACCUGGGUGGGUUUUAAUUGAGUUUGUGACUAACGAGGGCUCUGUGGAGCAGCCUGGGCAGGCACAGCUGGAGCAGGAGGAAUCCAAGUCCUGCCCCAUCCCAGCUCCUUCCCUGGGCCAUCUGGUGGUGCUGGGGUCACUGUGAAUUUUGGUAGCUGGUCUGGUAACGCUUUUUGGGGCUGGCCUUGGUGUUUGAGCAGGUUCUGGUGCUUUGGGAAGGUUGAACGUUGUGUUUGUGUCCUGCUGCAGGCUGCAGACUUUGCUCAGCUCGUUGUUCUUUCCUUCCAAGCACAACAGGUUUCCUUGGUAGGGAUUUGAUACUUGACAAGGUGCAUUUUGCUUUUGUGUUCCUUUGCUUUUCAGUAGGUUUUUGACUGGUAGUUCACAAAAACACCCUGAGCUGAGCCUGUGCUGUCCCUGUCCCCCUGCGUCGUGACUCGGUGCCGUGUGUGCAGGAAGGGCUGAUUUUAUAGAGCUGUGCUGAAAACUUCUGAGUUUUUAUGCUUUAUUUCCUUUGGUUUUAGUUUGUACAAUGCACAAUGAACCUGUAAAAAACUUAUUUAUUCAAGUGCACAAAGUGAGGAGGAGAAGGAGGAUCCAUUGAAGUAGAAAUCAGCCUGGUCUGAGUUCAGGCCGGGCCAAGCACCAAUUAACAAUAUCACAGUAGAAAGGGGAUUGCAACAGCAAAAUGGCUGGAAAAAAAAAUCACAUUCAGGCUUUGGAAAACACUUCCCUGGUGCUCAGAGGGGCAGCACUGGCUUUAAAUCCCCUCUAAUGAUCCCUGGUGGGUCUCUUACUGCAGCAUCAGGCACUGCAGGAGCCCCUUGGAGCCCCCCAGGGUCACAGAGCUGCUCUGGUUUUGGGGUCAGUGGGGUCCCUGUGCCCUCCUGGGCUCUGCAUUUGGGGUCAGUGGGGUCCCUGUGCCCUCCUGGCUCUGGAUUUGGGGUCAGUGGGGUCCCUGUGCCCUCCUGGCUCUGGUUUUGGGGUCAGUGGGGUCCCUGUGCCCUCCUGGGCUCUCGUGGUGCCCAGCAGGGUUGGGGGUGCUGGAGGGGCUCAGGGGCUGCAGCAGCUCCUCCCUCUGCAGGUUCAGCUCUGAGCCUCACCCUGGGCACUCUUGGGGAAGGUUUAGGACCAGGUUCAGUCUUAGGGAAGGUUUAGGACCAGGUGCAGUCUUAGGGAAGGUUUAGGACCAGGUGCAGUCCUAGGGAAGGUUUAGGACCAGGUGCAGUCUUAGGGAAGGUUUAGGACCAGGUUCAGUUGUCCUGUGGGUUCCUGGCUGUGUCUUCCAUGGCAGCCUCUGUGCAGCCUCUGGCUCUGGCUUUGCCUCCUUAUCCUCUGCCCUGGGAGUUGGGGGCACUUUGGAGUUUCUGCUUUGUGUCCUGCUGAGGGUCUGGCAGCUCGAGGAGAGCCUGGGGAAGGGCAGGAAUGCUCAGGGGGUGAGAGGAACAUCAGUAGCUUCUCGUAGGAGCCAAACACAGUGAAAGUCCUGGAAUCCAGGAGCACAGUAACCCAGGUGUUGUGCAGCUGGGAGUUGGGCAGCUCCAGCUUCUGCCCCAGCACCCAGCAGAGUGCUGAGGCCCCUGGAGACUGCAAAUGAGUGAUUGCUGGAGGGGCAGCAGCCUUAAUUAAUUUUCUAAUUCCCUCUCCCCCAUGGUUUAUAUCUCUGGUGAAAGAGAGAGAGGAGGAAAUUCAAGUAGAAGCUUUUCAGAUCCUUUCCUGCAGAGGGACCAGGAUUUGGGGUCCUUUGGAGCUCUUGUGCUUCCCUUCACCUCCAACCACAGAGAUCCUGGAAGAAAACUCAGCUGCCACCCCUGUCCUGGCUUGGGUGGUGCCCAGGGCACUGCCAGGAUUGUGUUGGAGGAGGAACCAGCCCAGAGAUCCCAUGGACAACAGGCCUGUGUCACCUGUGUCACCUGUGUCACCCGUGUCACCCUCCCUGCUUGCUGAGGAGGGACAGAUCCUUUGGGAAUGAUGUGCUCUGCAUCAUCAGAGCUGUCAGAGCUCAGGGUGGCUUGGUCACUGUCCCCUCCCAGCUGGGCUCACUGAUCUGACAGAUCUUUUCCAACCUGAACCAUUCUGUGAUUCCAGGAGCCUUUGGAGCCCUGGGUGAGGAGUUUGUCCCCUGCUCUUUGCUGGCUGCUGUGGGAAAGCAAAGCCUGGCUGUGCCUCAGUGUCACCUCUGUCACCCAGGGCAGGGCAGCCUCAGGAAUGGCAGCACAGCCCCUGGAGCUCAGCACAGCUGGCACUGAGCCUCUGCCACCCCCAGGAGCUUUGGCUCUGUGACUCUCCAGAUGUCACCCAGGAAGGGGAGCAGAGCCAGGAGUGAAUCUUUGGGGUUCCUGCAAAGGAUCCAGUCUGAGCCUGAGCCUGAGCCUCAUCUUCCCCCUGCCUGUGCUGGCAUCCUCCCCCAGUGCCCUCUGUGCCCACUCUGGGGGUUCUGGAGCUGCCCAGCCCUGCUGGUGUCCCCAGGCCCUGCCCUGUGGCUGUUCCUGGCUGUGAUUCCCAGGUUGUGCUUCCAGCUGGGCCCUGCUCAGCACUGAGGGGAGCCCAGGGGGCACUUGGGGGUUGGUGCCUGAGCUCUGGCUGAGCUGGGAGAUGUCCUUGCCAAGAGAUUCCUGGUUUUGUCUUCCCCCUCCCUGACCUUUCAUUGCUUUGCCAUGAUCUGGGGCAAGCUCUGCUUAAAAUCUUGGACUCACAGAACAUCCUGAGUUGGAAGAGACCUGGAGGCUCAUCAAGUCCAGCUCCUGGCCAGUCUCUCACUGCUCUGUCUGCACUUUGGGAAGAGCUCUCACCUGCCUGGAUCCAUGUGGCCACAGCUGUGACCCCACUGCUGCAACCCUGAGCCAGGAGCUGAAACCUGUUUGCAAUAAUUGAAGAUUUUUGGAGCAAUCAAAGCCAAACAGUUCCAACAAAGAGAAUUUCUCCUGCUGGGGCUGGGUCCAGUCCUUGUGGGGCUGUCACAAUUCCCCCUCCUCCAGGCCCCUGCUGCCAGCAAAGGACUCGCCAGGAAGCAAAAACACAUCUUGGAGCAAAUCUGAUGCAAAAAACUGGAACUUCCUGAGUGCUGUGCUGAGGAAAACCUGUCCCUGCUGCUGAAUGUCAGCGUUGAGGAGCAAGAAUUCUGUGGGCUCUUCCUUUCCUGGGCUUUUGCCACCUCUGGCUCUCCAGGCCCAGUCCCCUGGGAGCCCCAGUGCUGGGAGGGCUCCAAGGGCACUGCACCUAAAUCUGGGAUGUGCUGCAGAUGAGGAAUUCACCAGCAAUUCUUCUGGGGACACCCAGCAGCUGGAAUUGCUGAGGGGAGGCCUUGCUGAGGAUGGGGAGCUGGAUCUGAGCUGGUGCAGGGGACAAAGGGAGUGGAGCUGUCCCUCCAUCCCCUCCAGGCUUGGCACACACAGGGCUGUUCCCAGCAGGAUCAGUCUGGAGCAUCUUCACCUCCCUGCAGCUGUGGCUGCAAUGGGAGAGAGGAGGGAAAGCAGCUUUGGGGGAGUGCAGCUCAUCCUCACUCUCCUGGCAUCUCCAGCUCCUUCUGAUCACCAGGAAUCUGUGUCUCCUCAACCACACAGAUCAGAAAUUCUUGUGCUUCCAUCUCUUUACCUUCCUUGCUGUUGGCAGCACUUUAUCUUC